CGCCCGUGUUGUGAAAAUGCCACCUGUCAUCUACGUCCCAAGAAAGUUGCCGGGAAUCAUUCGCUGCCCAGUGGAUGCCAACCCCCCAGUUAUGUCAGUCCGAUGGGAGAAAGAUGGCUACCCCCUCAGAAUCGAGAAGUAUCCUGGAUGGAGCCAGAUGGCAGACGGAAGCAUUCGGGUGGCAGAAGUUACUGAAGACUCCCUUGGCACCUACACCUGUGUGCCUUACAAUGUCCUAGGUACCAUGGGACAGUCCCCUCCAGCCACUCUGGUGCUAAAGGACCCCCCUUACUUCAACGUGAGGCCUGGGGGGGAGUACCGUCAGGAGGCGGGGAGAGAGCUGGUCAUCCCCUGCGCUGCUUCUGGAGACCCCGAGAUUCCAACCAUUGUAUGGAGAAAGGUCGGGAAGCCCAGCAGAAGCAAAUAUAACAUCUUACCAAGUGGUAGCUUGCAAUUCGUGUCUCUGAGCAAAGAGGAUCAUGGGGAGUGGGAAUGUGUUGCCACCAACGUAGUAACAAGCAUCACUGCCAGCACACGCCUUUUUGUAAUAGGCACUAGUCCACAUGCGCCAACUAAUGUCCACGUGUCAGCAUCCACAAGCUCCGCUAACGUUUCCUGGGAACCUGGAUAUGACGGAGGCUUUGAACAGACGUUCUCGGUCUGGAAUGGCCCGGUAAAGGUGAAGAAUGAUUUAGGGCCACAUGACUGGCUGUCCAUACCUGUGCCCGGCUCUCAGACGUGGUUGGUGGUCCAGGGGUUGGAGCCAAAGACUGCCUAUCAAUUUAGUGUGUUGGCCCAGAACAAGUUGGGCACCGGCCCCUUCAGUGAGGUAGUCACUGUGACUACAGGAGGGUAUCCCAUUAGUACCCCUGAACCACUGGUGCUUCUAACUCCACCACGGUGCCUCACAGCCAACCGGACACAGCAGGGUGUUUUGUUGACAUGGCUUCCUCCGGCCAAUCACUCUUCACCAAUCGACCGUUACAUCAUCGAGUUUCGUCUUGGGGAAAGGUGGGAGGUUCUGGAUGACUUGAUUCCUGCCACUGAGACUGAGAUCAUAGCAAGAGAUCUUAUUCAGGACUCUUGGUAUGAAUUCCGAGCACUGGCUGUAAUGGAUGAUCUUGUCAGUGAGAGCAGUAAUGUGGUGGGAGUGUCAAGUACAGACCCCUUCCCUCCCACAGAGAUCUCAGACGAGGGGCUGGCCAAGCCAGUGGUGGCCGGCAUCGUGGCCACCAUCUGUUUCUUGGCGGCUGCCAUCCUCUUCAGCACGCUUGCUGCAUGUUUUGUCAACAAGCAGCAUCGUCGCAAGCUCAAACGCAAACGAGACCCUCCACUAUCGAUUACGCACACAAGGAAAAGCAUCGAAUCUCCGCCUCCUCUUACCCCCUUGCCUGGCAUUGAGCCCUACUGGGAAGAGCCAGACAGGAGCAGCUACAGGCCCCCAUCCACCAGCCCUCAGCUGUCCUCUGGGAAGAUCAGUCCUGAGAGCAUUACUUCCUCCCGGUCCCCAUCUCUGGCCAGCAUGGGUGGCCAUGGUCUUUACGUUAAGAAGUUGCCAAGCCCUAGGAAGGAGAAAGAGCUUUCCCUCUAUAUGAAAACCAAGAGAGCAAUAACCAGUAAGAAGUACAGCGUGUCCAAGCACGAGGCUGAGGUCACCACACCCAUCGAGCUGAUCAGCCGGGGACCUGAUGGCCGAUUCGUCAUGGUUCCCAGUGACAUCGACACGUCCCUCAAGCCACGACGCAUUGAGGGUUUUCCUUUUGUGGAGGAAUCAGACUUGUAUCCUGAGUUCCGCCAAUCAGAUGAGGAGAACGAUGACCCAGGGCCCCUACCCCCAGUCAUGGCCACCCUCAGGCCCCAGAUAUCCCCUGUGUCCUCCAGCCAGGAGUCCUACAUGCAGCCCCCAGCCUACAGCCCCCGGUUCCAGAGGCCUAUGGAAGGUAUGAGCAUCUCGGAGGGUAGUCGGCUUCAGGCCACAGGGCAGAGCCGGGUCUCCCAUUUUCACAGGGUCUUCCCUCCAGGCCCCUUCUAUGGCUAUCUAGGUAGUGGUGCUGAGGUGGAGCUUCACCCUCCUUUUUACAUGCCUGAUGUUAGUCCACGUAGCUCUGCCAUGUCCUCCUCACCUUCAUACCCCCCUGAGGGGCCGUUCCGCCAUCCCACCAUCCCAGAGGAAAGGGAGGAGCUGAGGAUCCAUGAGUUUGGCGCCUCCGGCCACGCCCUCCCACUGGUGCAUAGCCCUCCCUCCUCUCGCUCGACCGAGAUCUGGCAGCCUCCUGACUUCCCCUUUCUAGGUCAGGAGGGUCCCCGUCUCGCUCUUCCACCACGUCAUUCCUCAUAUCUCCACCGGGACCUCCCUGAGCCCCCGCCAUAUCCCUCCCAUAGUCGUACUCUUAGCACCACCUCUCAGCUCCCUUCAAGCUCUGCUUUUCUCCAGCUGGAGGCCCCUAGAGCCCACCUAAGCAGAUCGCCCAGCAGGUUUCCACUUCAGGGCCCUUCAGCCAAGCAUAUAACUAUGCAACAGGCCCAGACUCUGGGGCAGUUGAGACACACUGCCCACGGUAUGGGCGUACCAGUGUUGCCUUACUUAGGCACCACAGCCCGCAUGGGGAGCCCAAGCACACUGCACAGUGAGAGCUCGGACGGCUGGAGAUCUGAGGCCCAGCCUUGGCUAAGCCCCAGGGCGGCACGAAGGAUGGAUCUCGGCCUGCAGCAGGUGGUCCUGCAGCCGUCACGACUCUCCCCUCUCACCCAAACCCCUCCCAGCUCACAUGCCGGCUCUCCAGACAUUCUCGUCCGCCCUCCUCCCCGCCCCAGUAUCCUGCGGUCUUCCCGCUCUCAAGAGAUGCCCGAGAGUGCCCGUCACCCCGCCAGUGUCUCCUUUUCCCGAAGGUCUCUCUCCUCUUCCCCUGCCACUUCACCUACCCAAGGCCAGAACGGCCAGCGGCCCAGCCUCAGCUACCAUGCCCACAUGGCCUUUGCCACAGCCGCGGCCAGCUACCCCUCCCAGUCCCCUUCACCCCCUGCGGAGAGCAGUGAUGCUUUCGGCCAGAUGCCAUCUCAGAGAAGGACAGAUGAGGAGAUGCUCCCCUCAGAACCCUCUCCAGGGGAGCAUCUAGGUGCAGUGAGAGUCCCUGCAGGGUCUGAGAGCUUUGAAGCACUGAUUUAUUAUUGUAUUAAUAAAGCCAAGAAAUCAACAGCCAACAAGAACAACAACUCCAGAUUCAAGAAAAGGACAGAUGUGUCCACCUCUCAGACCCAGCAGCCGCAUGCAUCUCAGGCCUCUGAGCAAAGAGAACAUCUCAGCUCUCCCUCAAAGAAAAAGUGGAAAAGUACACUUAGAAAGUCCCCCUGUCUUCAUCUGUCCUCUCUGCUGCGUUGGCUUCACCCCAGAGAAGACAGAAAAUCCCUCCUGGCCAGUAUGGACCCUGCCCCCUCAAACUAUGGUUCUCUGCUCUGAGAGCCCCCCCAAACACACUAAAACUUUUCCUGUGGGGCGGAUCGUCUCCUUGUCCAUUAGCAAAAAUGUACAAUGGACAAGCUCUCAGUACUGUUUUGUAAUCAGUCUAAACUAGGUAUGAUUUAUUAUGUUCUUCGGUUGGCACAAUAUACUACACAUAUCUGUAUUUUCUGUAAAUUUACUCAAAGAAAAAACAUACAGGGGUGCUUUUUUGGAAGAAACAGAAAAGAACAGGACAAAAGCUUUUCAUUUGAUAAUAAAAGAAAAUAAUAGCAUUCCAAUACAUGCUAGGAAAAAUCUUGCUGGACACUUUAGUUUUUGUCAUAAUGUUGUCAGAACUGUGUAUAUUGUGAAGGAUAGAGUUAAAUGCUCUGUACAAAUAUGUCUCUCAAGACGUGAUAGUUACUACAGUUUUUUUUUCUUCCUUCUACAAAAUAUACCUCAAAAAAAGAGAAUAGAAAAAAAAGAAAAAGAAAAGGAAUAAAUAAUCUGGAACAUAUUUCAGCACUUCUACCAUAUUUUGUGCAAGCUAGUGCAAUUAAUUUUGGAUGACAUAUUAGUGUUAAAGCUUUGACAGCAUUACAGAAUAUGGGGGAAUAAUUGUAAGCCCAGAAAUGACAAUUUAUUUAUUUAUAAAAUAUGAAAUAUGAAAUAUAAAGCACAGAAUAUCAUAGAAAUUGUAAGCUUGAAAAGAAUGACUGCAGUACUGGACUGGUCCUGCGACAAUGUUUGAACAGUUAUUCAGAUUUCGUAAAUUCCAUGCAAAGGCAGGUGGAAUUGAAAACUUGCUUUCUUAUUUAUUUUUUAAAUAAUUGCCAUUAUAUCUGACUAAAAUUAUUGGACAGCUUUAAGGCACUUUUUAUCUGUGUUUAAUAUUAAGACUAAUAUUAGCCCCCUGCUGAAAAAUGAUUCAGGUUCACAUUUAGAAAUAUCCUUUUUGACAUGUUCAGAUGGCAUAAGUGCAGAUGUAAUAUUUCAACUGAAGUAGAAUUACUUGGUUCUUGUCUUGCACAAAUGUAGUUAGAAGUGGUGAAAUGCAUUAUUAAUCUUUUCGUCACUUCCUUGAAGUAAAUCAUUUGUUAUAUGUUUGCUUUGGACAUACAGUACACCAAGGAAUGACAGUAGAUAUUGUGCAGACUAAUGAAGACAUCAAUAUAACAUAGAAAAAUGAAAUAGUCCUUAUUCUAGUCAGUUGAAAAAAAGAUUACCAGUCUUCUUGGUUACUUACAAAAGUGAACCUCCAAAAGUAGCUUGAAUCUUUUUGAAAAAAAAAAAAAGGAAAUUGUAUUGUAAUCUUUACUAUUUGCCAUCCAUCACAGCUCAUCUGAUGACAUAGCAAACAAAGUUUGUGUUAUUUGAAUUAAUGAUGAGUUUAGUAUUUCUGAAGUAUGUUAAUUGUCUCUAGAGUUCACUAACAGCUGCUGAUCUGCUACCUACAGUGAAAGCUAAUCGAGCGUGUGUUAGUGUAGUUUAACCGAUGGUGAAUGUAUGAUUUGCUCUUAGAAGUUCAGAUUUAUCUGGAUAUUUUCAAUGUGAUGUUUCUCUCUUUUACGCGCCGAUGCGAACAGCUCCAAAAUUAAUCUUCUUCUUCUUGAAUUUAAUAAUGAGGUACAGCUUAAUGGGAAAUUGAAUGAAAUCUCAUGCAUUACUUGAAUAAGGCUGAAUAUCCAAGCAGGAAACACUGGGGGAAAUUCUGUGCAUAGAGAUUUGUAGUAGCCAUUUUGAGUUUAGAGGAUUUGACUUGAGUGCCCAAAGGGCUGUUUACUUUGUCUUUCCUUUCAUACAAGUUGACGUGAAAACGACUGCUCAGAUAUCUCACAGUAAAUUUGAGCUAUUCAGUAUUAGGUCAGCAGACUCCAUUGCUUAUUUCUAUGUACGUCUGCGUCAUUAGGUGUGCACGAUUCGUAAGGCUGCUUUAAUCGUGUAGUCUCUGAGAGGAGAAGGGCAGUGUUUGUUUUUAGAUAUUCCUGAUUACCUGCCUUUAGCUGUCGGGAGAGAAGUGUUAAACUUAGACUUAACUCUGUUUUUGCUACAUGUUUUGUCAAGUUCUGUCAAGAACUUGUUGCUAACAAGUCCUACAACAACCACAUAAUGUUUACAUGAUCUAGAAAUAUAACGUGCAAGGAUGUAGGCACAUUGUACACAUUAUGACUUGGUGCUAUGUCUUUUUGAACUCGUGGUGCUGUGGUUCAGAGGUUAACACACAAACUCACGCACAGUCCUCUGUCUUAAACUAACUAAACUAGCUCUGUCGUGAUUUCCGUUGUCGAGUUCUCCUGGUGAGUAGGACUGCAAGCAAUAAAACCUCACAGGGCAGGUCCUGUGCGCUCACUAUCUUUCAGUAUGAAAACGGUUAAAGUUGUUAAAUAAAGUUCGGCCUUUGACAUUCAAUAUGUGCUUACAUUAUCGCGUGAACGUUCGCUGUCAUCAUGAAUAAAAACCUGCGUAUUUAGAAAGAUUUAUAAAGAAGAACUUGCCAGUCUUAAGGAGGCAACAUAUCAAUGUAUAAUCCAUGAAAUGUACCCACGGUAUGAUAGUAAAUUUUUCAUUUAGCAUGGAAAGUACCUGGUAACUCAAGUAGGUGGCGGUCUGACACGUCAAGCAGCGGCAUUUCUGUUUUAUAGUUUUUUUUCUUGGACACGAUGGAGCGAUGCAUCCUCGCAUAAAGCUGUCACGCUGAUUUAAGAUGCACAUGCAGUGUCGCUGUAUAUCUGUGGAUGGUGAUUGACGGCAUUUUAUUCAGCUCUGGUCUUUGAAGGGAGAACCCGACUGAAAAGUUUCUCUUGAAUAUAUAUGAUACUGUACAGGUAGAUACGCCCCCCUUUGCUUGUGUAAGAGGGCUCAUUUGAAGGAAGUGUCAUAUCAACUCUUUGAUUGCCUGUAGCCUAUACAGUUUUGUGCUUACUUCUUAUGGUGCUUCGUGAAACUUUAUUUUCUUUUUUGUGUUGAUUGAACAGAACCUAACCUUGCAUAAUCAAGAUAUUUCACUCAUUCGGACCUAUCUGUCUUGUUUCAGAUAAUGUACAUUUUGUUCUCGAUUCUUUUGCUGUUCAUAUUAACCAGCACUGAAAACUUAGAAUGUAAUACUGCAUUAUGCACUAAUUUA